AUGAACAUGAAGGAAGAGAUGAAGGCUCUUCACACUCCUCCAAUUACAAAUACGAAGUUCGAUUUGUCGCAAUCGAUUAGGGAAUCAUAUAGGGUGCAGCAGGCCUCACCCACGGAAGAUCUGCAAGAUACAGGUAGUCCAGCUUCAGGAUCAAAUGUUGAGUUGACGAAGGAGGAAAUUGUCCAGGAGGUCAAUGCGAUUGAAGAUCUGCCACCGGAGUUAUCUAAACUGAUCGAUGUCUUCAUAAAUGAUCUGAAGCAACCGAAAUAUGUUAAGCCUUUAAACAUUCUGCAAUUGUCGUCAUUAUUCCAAAGCUUCUACACAAAGUUUGAUAGAUCUUCAUUUAACUAUCUGGUAAAUGCACCUAGCACUAGCCAGCCAACGUUCCUAUCGGCUAGGGAAACACUCAGUAGUGGCUUAAGUGGGAUUUUUGCUCGAAGCAGGAGCAGUAGUGGAAGCUCUUUCAAAAGAGAUAGAAGAUCUUCUUCCUUGCUCAGUACGGAUUCGAAUAAUGUGACACCAAUGUUGUCAUCAGAAGAAAUUAACAGACAAUUAAAGAUGAAUGAGCUGAAUAACUUAAAAGUAGAGAGAUUCAUGGAACUAUGCGAGCGUGAUGUAUUUCAACGAAUUUCAAGAGUUGGUACAUCAGUGCCAUCGCCAUCAAGAGACGAGCGCCACAAGAGGAUCAAUGGUAGAGACAACUUUAGAGUCUCCAACUUAUUUAGGAACAGUCCCGAGUAUGGUGAGUAUGAUAAAAUGCUCUCCGAGAAAAUGCAAGUCAUCUCAAAGAUCUCGAGUGAUGGUAGAAUUGAUCUGGUGAAGUUUUUGGGACUACAUGAAAAUGCCGAUCUAAACCGUUUUGAAGAAAUUCAAGAAGUCCUAUAUGACCUUGCCUAUAACUCAGUAGCACCUAGCGAAAAAGUUGAUUUGCUGCUCAAGGUGCAUCAAUCGAUGAUGUACUCGCAUGAGAUGUCAAAUGACGAAUUUCUAUCACUGAUAAUAUACUACAUGGUCAAAGUAUGCCCAAGGGAUAUCUUCUUGAACACAGAAUUUAUCAGGCUGUUUAGGUAUAAGAAAAAAUUGGUUCAAAAGGAACUAUUUGCAUUAACCAAUCUAGAAGCGGCCUUGGUCUUUGUCGAAGGCCUCACGAUUAAUGAUUUUCCGCCUGAAUUACAGGGCAAGUUAGCAUCCAGUGAACUAAAGUUGCUUGAAAGCCCUAUCAGCAGCAAAAUCACUUUGCCAGAUCAAUCAAAACAUGACACUUACGCCAAUAAUCAUAACAUAACUAAUGGUUUACAGGAAGUCCACCAUCCAGAGGUCAUGAGAUCUUACGACAGUCUCAGGACCGCGUUCGACUCGUCGCUUAGAAAUAUAUUUGGCAAAAUACGGUCGUACACACCACCUGCCACAUUGCAGCCGGUGCCUCUUCCUAGAUCUUCUUCCCAGUUCUCACUUGAGAAUGAAAGAAAAGCAUGUGGCACCCCCAUGGCAAACAACAAUACAAUGUCUACUUCGGUGAAGAAAUUCAAAGACCGAGACUUCGAUGAAUUGACGGUCUCAGAGAUGAAAGAAAUAUUUGAAAUUUACCAGAAAUUGGUUGGUUGA